UUUUUUUCGUGCAUUUUUCUUUUUCAGAAAUAAGUGUUACACGAGGAUGAGGAACUAUGUACGAAAAACUGACAGGGGAAAAACGCCUAGUGAGGUUAUCGAAAGAGCAAUUGAUGUUGUUCUUACAGAAGGAAGAGGAAUAACUGAGGUUGGAGAAAUGUUUCAGAUUCCCAGAACAAGUCUUGCUAGAUACGUAGACAAGAAUAAGAAUGUGCUACCCUGUAAACAAAAAUAUGGUUAUUCAAAGAUUCGUCAGGUUUUCACAGAUGAGGAGGAGGCUAUACUAGUGAAAUAUUUGCAUCGAGCAGCAGAUAUUUAUUUUGGAUUGUCACCACUGGACGUUAGGAAACUAGCAUUUCAAUUGGCCACCAAAAUGAACAUCAAAAUUCCCUUGUCGUGGACUACAAAAUGCUUAGCUGGCCCUGACUGGUUUAGCUCAUUUCUUAAGAGACAUAAUACUUUGUCAAUUAGGAAACCCAAGGCUACCUCCUUGGCAAGAACAUCAUCUUUCAACAAACACAACUGCGACGCCUUUUUUGACAAUUACGAGAGAUUGUUGACAAGAGAAAACAUAUCACUUGAUUGUGUAUGGAAUAUGGACGAGACUGGUGUUACAACUGUCAUGCCACCUGAAAAGAUCGUUGGUCGACGUGGCCAAAAGCAAAUAGGGGCAAUCGUUUCGGCAGAGAGAGGGACUUUAGUUACCGUUGUUUGUGCAAUUUCGGCUUUAGGAAACACAAUUCCCCCUUUUUUUGUUUUUCCAAGAGUGAACUUCAAAAGCCACUUUCUUAAUGGAGGUCCUAUAGGAUGUGCAGGUACUGCAAACAAAUCUGGAUGGAUGUUAAAAGAUGUAAGGCCAACUUGCCCCGACUUCACGGGCAACUUGCCCCACUUACGGGGUAAGUUGCCAGCUGAAAGUGUCCGAAUAAAACUGUUUUUAGGGCAGAAAGCUUUUCUAAAUUAGCAUUUUUUUUGACGCUACAAUUUAGAUAAGAUAACAAAGCAUCAGCUAGGCCAUAAAUGUUAUCAUUACAGGAAAAAUUACAAGUGGUAAGACAGGGUGUGUAAAAACCAGGCCAACUAGCCCCGGUCUCCCCUAAUUGGCUUAUUAUUAUUAUUAUUGCUUUUCAUUGUCUUGUUAAUAUAGGAGGAUUAAAAUGCCAUUCAUCCGAAUUGGCAACCAAUUGACAAAUCGAUAAAUUAACAAAUUGGCAACGUUUAUUACCCUGCUGUUUGUUUUCCAGCAAGAUGGUUUUUCAACGUCAGUAUCAGCAACGUUUGCUUUUUUGUGUGUCAUCAUUCUUGCACUCGAUUGUGUUAAAAUAUGAAAUGGCAGACCAAAAAUCUAACAAUUCUAAAAAUUGGCUUUUAUCAUGCAUAUUUUCCUUUCAUUAAACGAUGAUACAUUUGGCAUUUCGACAGGGUAAUCAUUCUUUAAACAGAAGUUGCAACUUAAAUGAGCCAUUAAUGAUUCUACCCAAAUCUUCCUUAGAUUUAAAAAACACUGGAUCCGUAAGGCAAGUAAUUGUCUAUGAAAUAAAGAGUU